AUGUCCACCUCCAUCCCCUACACUGUCCCCAUCGAGGGUGGCAUUCCCGACACUCACCGUCCACACACGGAGCGCACAACCACAAUCCUCAUCCCGAAGGACGCCUCGGCCUUCCUCAACCCCGUCCAGGAGUACAACCGCGACCUCUCGGUGUCUGUUAUCCGCGCAUGGAACGAGGAGCGCAAGGAGAAACUCGAGGCCCAGUUUCGUGAGCGACGUGCCAAGAAGCAGCGCAAGGAGGGCAAGUCUGUACCUGCUACCACGGCUGAAGAGGACGCUACGAACACCGACGCCGGGCCAUCAGAGUCCGAUCCCAAGUUCAUCGUGCCCAAGAUUACGAUCCUCGAGGCUCUGUCAGCCACCGGCCUCCGCUCGAUUAGGUACGCCAAGGAGAUCCCGGACGUCAAGGUGGUGCUCGCGAACGACUUGUCCGCUUCGGCAUGUGACGCCAUGCGCCGCAAUGUCGCCCUCAAUGGCGUUGGCGAGGGAGACGGCGAUGCCGUGGACCACCCCGACAUCGGCCGCCGCGAGGACUGCACUGGCGUCGUGCGCGUCAACGAGGGCGAUGCGUGCACGCUCAUGUACAACCACCGCGACCCCAAGUCACGCGUCGACAUGGUCGACCUUGACCCAUACGGAACUGCUGCGCCGUUCAUCGACGCCGCGAUUGGCGCGAUCAAUGAUGGUGGCCUCCUCGCCGUGACCUGCACCGACCUUGCGGUGCUCGCCGGUUCCAACUACCCCGAAAAGUGCCUCUCCAACUACGGCGGCGUGUGCUGCAACGCCGAGUACAGCCACGAGGUCGCGCUCCGCCUCGUCCUGAACUCGCUGGCACAGGCUGCUGCGCGGUAUGGACGCACGAUCACGCCUCUCCUCUCGUUCUCAAUCGACUUCUACGUCCGCCUCUUCGUCCGCGUCGAGACCAAGGCCGUCGACGUCAAGAAGCUCCUUGUCAACACUGGCCCUGUGUAUAUCUGCGCGUACUGCGAGUCACCGACUGUGCAGCCGUUCGGCCGAGUGAUCGAGAAGAGGUCGGCCAAGGGCAACAUCAACACUGUCUACAAGAGCAUCCAGGCGCCGACAGUGGGGCAGAAGUGCACCGAGUGCGGAAAACCUCACCACAUCGCCGGCCCCAUGUGGCUCGGCCCUAUCCAUGACUCGGAGUUUGCGGAGCGCGUCCUCAAGAGCAUCGACGGCGAGCAGGACAAGUACGGCACAUGGCCGCGCAUGAAUGGCAUGCUCACCCUCGCGAUGAAUGAGCUGCCAGACCCGUUCUAUUUCACCUCGAACAAGGUGCACGGAUUUGGGCGCGCAACCUCGGCGCCAACCAAGAUGGUGGUCUCUGCUCUUCUGAAUGGUGGGUACAAGGUGUCGCGCUCCCAUGCGUCGUCUGGCUCGAUCAAGACGAAUGCUCCCCGUUCGUUCAUCUACGACAUUGUACGUGAGCACAUCAAGACCAAUCCCGUUCGCAUGGACAAGAUUUCGGAGAAUUCGCCGGCGAGGGCGUUCGUCAACAAGCCCAUGACCUACACCAUUGACUUUACGCGGCAUCCGGAUGCCAAGGACUUUGAGAAGCCCGAGAAGACGGUGCUGUACCAGCUCAACCCCCUGCCCGGUUGGGGACCGGCUGCGCGCGCCAAGGACAUCAAGACGUCCAAGGUGGUCGAGGACAAGAAGCGCAAGACGGAGGAGACUGGUGACAACGAGGAGGCGGCGAUGAACGCGUAG